UCGAAUCCUAGUCACGCCAUCUACCGGCAAAUUCUCAAUACAGCGCAGAGCCAGCAUCAGAAGUUACGUGAACGCCAUUUUGUGAUUGGUUACUACAGAGGUGUAGUCUAUGAGGAUUGGAUAUUUCCUACGACAUUUGUUUUUCUACAAAUAUUUUAGCCAGUUUUCCAUAAACAUGCCACGUAAUCGAGAACAAGCUGCAAUGAAAACAGCCUAUCUUUAAUUUGUCAAACAGAUGACUGUACAAUCGGUGUAUCCGCCUUGAAAUUACGUUUUUCGUCAGUAAAAGUAAGGGGUCACGAUGUCGGCCCAAGUGCAGGCCCUGUAUGACUUCACUGGAGAGCCGGGCACCACAGAAAUGUCAAUAACAUGUGGUGAAAUCCUUACGCUACUCAAUACUGAAAUUGGUGAAGGAUGGUGGGAGGGCCGGAAUGCUAAAGGAGAAACUGGAUUGUUCCCGGCAGCUUAUGUGAGAAAACUCACACCUGAAGAAAGUUCACAAACGAAAGCAGCUCCACCUGCUCCAAGAUAUGAUCAAGCAGCUGAUGACUGGGGUGAUUCACAGUUCAGUGCAGGUGACAAUAACUUCCAACGGGGCGCCUCUCAUGAAGACGGAUGGGACGAUGAUUGGGAUGAUGACACAUACUCUGAGAUCGGUCCAUCACAACAACAGCACAAGCCACCCUCAUACACCCCGCAGACUCCACUCACACCAUUACCAGGAAUGCCUAUCAAUGAUUACAAUCAUCACAUUGAUGACAAUGCUUCCAACUUUGGCUCUUCCGUGGGCACAGUUAGAAAGAAUAAAUUUGCACCUUCAUCUAAAAUCAGCGGAGAGAGCUACCUACUGGCCACACUUAAUGUUGAAGUGCCAGACUCAGAUAAGGUAUAUAUUAUACAGGAUGAAGAAGGUUAUGUAUGGUCACCUUUAUCGCAGCCAUACACUGUUACAGUAGCUUCUCCAAAAAAGGAGUCAAAAUUCAAAGGAAUAAAAAGUUUCAUAGCAUAUCAGCUGACACCUUCGUUCAAUAAUAUACAAGUAUCAAGAAGAUACAAGCAUUUUGACUGGCUACAUGAGAGAUUACAGGAAAAGUUCACUCUUAUUCCAAUACCACCAUUGCCAGAUAAGCAAAUUUCUGGUAGGUAUGAUGAGCAAUUGAUUGAACGUAGAAGAGUUCAACUUCAAGAAUUUGUUGAUUGGAUGUGUAAGCACCCAGUACUGUCAAAAAGUGAAGUGUGGCAGCAUUUUUUAACUUGCACUGAUGAAAAGCGGUGGAAGGCUGGCAAAAGGCAAGCAGAGAGGGACAAUUUGUUAGGUCUUAACUACUGUGUGUCAUUGAUAGUACCUGAGAAAGCUUUACUACAGUCUCAAGUGGAUCAUAUAACUGAACAGUGCCACAUCUUUAUUAACAGCAUGGAUGCCUCGGUUAAAGCCGUAUCAAACAUGUGUGUACUGCAAACAAAGAGAUUCCAGGGACCAUACAAAAGUGACUGCCAGAAAAUUGGUGAAGCCUUCUACAGUCUAGGUAAUUCGUUAGGCUUAGAUGAAGGCUCUAUAGUGUCCAAAUCUAAGUUAACAUCUGCGAUAACUAUGACAGGUGGGAUAUACAUUGAAAUCGGAAGAAUGUAUGAUGAACAACCCAAAUAUGACUGGGAACCACUUGGUGAUAAAUUCCAUUUAUACAAGGGAAUUGUAGGCAGCUUUCCUGAUGUUUUGGCCAAUCAUAAGGGUGCAGUUCAAAAGAAAAGGGAAUGUGAAAGACUGACAGCUGAACACAAGAUGGAAGUGGCGCAGUUAAAUGAAGUAUUGAGGAGAACUGAUGUUAUAUCAUAUGCACUUCUUGCCGAAAUCAAUCACUUCAAGUCUGAAAGAACUGUUGAUUUAAAAGCUACAAUGCAAAAAUUCCUGAGACAGCAAAUCACUUUUUACAAAAAGAUUGUUGAUAAGUUAGAAACAACUCUGAGAUACUAUGAUGAAUAAGUAAUCAGUUUUGACUGAACAGUGGAAUUGAUGUUGAGGACUGUGAGUGAAUAAACAGUUGAACUAUUUCAGGAGUUUGGUGUUAUGGUAAACCAUGGAUGAUAUCUCUUAUCAUUGUAUCGCUAGGUUUUAUGAAAUAUUUAUAAAGUAUCAACCUUUAUAUGGGCAGACUAUGUAACGAAACAUUACUGUAAUAUGAAUAAUCAAAAUUGUAUGUGAAUCAAUCAAUACUUGUAACUAAAAUAUUUUAUCCAAAGGAUUAGUAAGGCAUUAGUGUAUUUUCCUAUAUGAAUUUACAUUGUGAUGAAAUUUAUGACUGAAUGUAAGUUUUAAAUAUUAUGUAUGAUGCCUACACAUUGGUUUUACCUUCUAUGAACUAAAAUGUCUGUAAAUAUUUUGCUAUUUUUCAUUCCGUGUUAUAAUAUAUUAUUUUAUACUAUACCUAUUUUAUUUUCAAUAUUACACUAAUUGUGGAUCAAUUAUUUUGAGACAAUUAUUUUGUUGUAUAAUUUUAGAGUAAGCAUUGUACUAUAUUCCACUUUUGUAAGAUAGCUUAGGGCUUGCUAAUUAAAUAAAUAAUGUAAUUCGUUA